AUGUCACCAAAAGAAAACUGGGAAAAAUACGAUAAAGACGUCGAUGACAACAAGGAAGAAGAAAAGAUAGUUGCACUUGACGAGGGAGACAUUGCACUCCUCAAAACCUAUGGUCUAGGACCUUACGCCAAAGAAUUAAAGAAAACUGAUAAUGACAUCAAAGACAUACAAAAGAGAAUAAAUGAAAAAAUUGGUGUCAAGGAAUCAGAUACUGGUCUUGCUACUCCGAAUCUAUGGGAUAUUCCCGCUGAUAAACAACGGAUGCAAGAAGAGCAGCCGUUGCAGGUAGCACGAUGUACAAAAAUAAUUCCACCUGCAGAAGGAGAGGAGACUUCAAAAUAUAUUAUUAAUGUAAAACAAAUUGCGAAAUUUGUCGUAGCUCUUGGCGAACGAGUGUCUCCGACUGAUAUUGAGGAAGGCAUGCGCGUUGGAGUUGAUCGAAACAAAUAUCAGAUUCAGAUUCCAUUACCUCCAAAAAUUGAUCCUUCGGUGACUAUGAUGCAAGUCGAGGAAAAGCCUGAUGUAACAUAUAGUGAUAUUGGUGGUUGUAAAGAGCAGAUUGAAAAGCUAAGAGAAGUCGUGGAAUUGCCAUUACUACAGCCUGAAAGAUUUGUAAAUCUGGGAAUUGAUCCUCCUAAAGGUGUCUUGCUAUAUGGACCACCUGGCACUGGCAAAACAUUAUGCGCACGUGCAGUGGCCAAUAGAACAGAUGCCACUUUUAUCCGUGUAAUUGGAUCUGAGUUAGUGCAAAAAUAUGUCGGAGAAGGGGCUCGAAUGGUUCGUGAACUAUUCGAAAUGGCUCGUACAAAAAAAGCUUGUAUUAUCUUCCUUGACGAAAUAGAUGCCAUUGGAGGUGCUCGAUAUGAUGAUGGUGCGGGUGGUGAUAACGAAGUACAAAGAACAAUGUUGGAACUAAUUAACCAAUUAGACGGGUUUGAUCCUCGGGGCAAUAUAAAAGUUCUCAUGGCUACUAACAGACCAGAUACACUAGAUCCUGCACUAUUGCGGCCUGGUCGUCUGGAUCGUAAGGUCGAAUUUUCAUUGCCUGAUUUAGAGGGGCGUACUCAUAUAUUGAAGAUCCAUGCAAAGAGUAUGUCGGUAGAAAGGGACAUUCGAUAUGAAUUAAUUGCAAGACUAUGUCCUAAUAGUACAGGUGCCGAAUUACGUAGUGUAUGUACAGAAGCUGGCAUGUUUGCGAUUAGGUCGAGACGAAAGGUUGCAACUGAAAAGGAUUUCCUAGAAGCUGUCAAUAAAGUGAUUAAGGUAACGUAG